AUAUUGUGUCCUCGCUUACAAUUUCUUGUUUAUUAUCAACAAAAGAGAAUUUAGCUUCAAACAGAACAGUGUCUUUUUUUAAUAUUUCCGCGCACAAUAAUUGUAUAAAGGAAUUAAAAUGACUGAACUUAGAAAUGGAAACGAUGUUGAUAAUGAAGAAACAACCACGGACGCUUUUGGAUCAGGACUUCCAAUAAGAGCUUAUGGAAGAAUUUAUGCAAGAAUGCCUGCACAAAGAUUUGCUUCUGAAUAUAACAUGAACCAUCACAAGCGUGGUGUUGCUUUGAUUUUCAAUCAUGAACAUUUCGAUAUUCCAUCUUUAAAGAGCAGAGCUGGGACAAAUGUUGAUUGCGAAAAUCUUUCCAAUACACUUCGCAAUCUUCAUUUCGAUGUGACGAUCUUCAAAGACAGUAAACAACAAGAGAUGAUUCAUGAGGUUCAACAGAUUUCACGAUUGGAUCACACUAAUUACGAUUGUUUAUUGAUCGCAAUAUUGUCGCAUGGAGAAUUUGGAUAUUUAUACAGCAAAGAUCAGCCAUAUAAACUGGAACAACUUACUUCAUUCUUCACAGCUGAUCGAUGUCCAUCAUUAGCAGGGAAACCAAAGCUCUUUUUCAUUCAAGCAUGUCAAGGUGAUAAACUUGAUGGAGGCAUUUCAAUGAGACGUGAAACAACUGAAACAGAUUCAAACUCAUCGAUUAGUUACUCAAUUCCUGUUCAUGCUGAUUAUUUGAUUGCAUAUUCAACUAUUCCAGGUUUUUAUUCGUGGAGAAAUACAACCAAAGGUUCUUGGUUCAUGCAAUCAUUGUGUGCUGAGCUGGAUGAGAAUGGUAAGAGAUAUGACCUCUUGACACUUUUAACGUUUGUUAGCCAACGUGUUGCAUACGAUUUUGAGUCAAACACCCCUGACACGCCAACAAUGCAUCAACAGAAACAAAUUCCAUGCACAACAACCAUGUUGACUAGAAUCUUAAGAUUCAACGACAAGUUAUAAAUUACAUCUUGUUUUUAUCUCAAAAACUUUCAUUGUAUCUCUUUUUUUAGUUUCUUACUUUAGUUUUUUUUAAUCUCGAGAUUCAAAAUUGAUCGCGUUGUGAUUUGAAAUUAGAAAAAAAAAAUUGCCUUCGUAUGAUAUCAAAACAAAAUUUUGAUUAUGAAUUAUGAGACUUAUAUCUAUUGAUAGAUUUUUGGCAAAGGACGUGGUUUUGUAUGUAUCAAUAUCAAUGAAAUUUUAAAUGUUCUUAAGACUUAAUGGAGCGCUUUUAAGCUUCGCAAAUAAAUAUGAAAAUACUGCCACAUGCCACUUCACACACUUUACAAAUAUUACAAUUGUAACCACUUGGCCAUUAUUCAAUGUGAACUUAGAUAUUUAAGCUUAUUUUUCUUUAUGUCUACUUAUAAGACUUUAUUUUUAAUAUUUUCUGACCAUUACUUAAACAACAUUAUUUUUGUAACGAUAAAAAAAUAUUUGAAAUAAAUGAAGUUUUCAUA